CGGAACUGAAUUCAAAUUGUUUUUCAAAUAGACGCAGAAGAGAGGAGCAGGGGAAAUACAGAGAGCCCAAAUUUACCGUGGGAAGGGAAGGAUGCUUGUUCAGGGUUAGGAAUGGGGAAAGUCGACGUCUCGAAACCUGAACGGAGUCUCGUUGGCCCAGUCGAUCCAUUCGCCACCCUUCCGCUUCUCUACUUCCUCCCGGAAUCCGUCAAAACCCUAGAAUUACCGGCGUCUUCGUCGGAUCUCGACGAUAUCGAAGCGGUCCACGAGUUCUUGAAGUCUAAGAUAAGGGUAUCAGAUAUCUCAAAGCAACUGCCAUUACAAGGAAACAGAAUUGUUAAUAGUGCAAAAGAAUCUCGAAAGGAUGCUACUGCACGGCAACCCUUGAGAGAGACAGACAUGAACGACUUGAGCAUAACCAAAUGUAUCAAACAUCCUGUGGCUGAAGGAAAGGAGAAUGGUUAUCAUAUGCAAAAACGGCGACCUGGCUUUGGUCGGAAAAGGGCUCGAUUUUCGUUGAAACCAACAAGUCAGGAUGUUGUGGUUACAAGCGCACAACCUGAUUUUGAUCAACUGAAGGACCCUGAAGAGUUUUUCGCAGCAUAUGAACGACAAGAAAAUGCUGAAAAGGAGUUGAGAAGAUUGAUGGGGGGAAAUUUGGUAGAUCAAAGUUCAAGUCAUUGUUUAUCAGAAUCGAGGACGCGUCGUCAAGGAAUUCUUGGGAAAACAGCAACAUAUAGGCAUUCUUAUACUGCAAUUGCUGUUGAUGCAUCCAAACAUGCAUUGGCUGUGGAGCAAUCUGAAGUUGGAAACAGCUCAAUUCCUUCUCCCAGGAAUGGUUAUGGACUUUCAAGGAGUGCAUCUAUGUCAGUCCAUGGAAUUGGAAUGAACCAAGGAAUGGCCGAAGACAUUAAUGUUCUGAAUGAAAAUGGGAAAGGAACAACAAUUUGUGCCCCUGUAGAAAGCGAUUAUGAUGGACUUGUUGGCUCAUUGCUGGAUGCUUGCUGUAAUCCUGAUGAAGGGCACACAUUUAGCUUACUGCAGAAAAGCCUGGACAUGCAAGCGAUUGAUAUGCAUAAAAUUCAAUUGCCCAAGUUCAAUAGGUUCAGUUUACAUGAAAUUAUGUCUUCCCAAGCAUCAACUUCAGGGGAAAAAAUCAGAUUGGAAUCCAACAUUUCAAACUUUGCAGACCAGACAUGGAAUUCAAAAAUUAGUGAGGAAACACCAAAGACUUAUCAUGCAGUUCCAGAAACUACAUGCAGUCCAGUGACUUCACCUACUCCACCCAAAAGCCCAUUUGCUGCAAUUUCUGGUUUUUGUAGACAUAAAUCACAAAGAAUGAGCGAAAAAGACACAUCUCACUCACCCUUUAUGUUUAAUCUGACGAAAGGAUCUUCCUUUGCUACUCAAUUUGAAUUGGAAGCACCGUCUCAUCCUGGUGGUAUUCAACAAGAUCAAUUGGCAAUUCUUCGUAGUCCUACUUCAAAGUGUGCUGACAAAAAUGGGUCGUUACCGAGUGGGUUUUCUCAUUCCAAAUGGCUUGAGAAAAACACUAUGAGAACUGGGUUGACUUCCUUGACCACACAGGCUGAUGGCUUGGCUGGUCCAGAAGCGCUAGGGCAAGAGAAGAACCUGACUGCGAGCAGCAUUUCAGAGUUACCAGGACAAGAAGCAUGCAGUAUCAAUAAGAAUUCAUCAGGUUUUGAGACAGUGAACAUUGCUUGUCCAUCUGAUCAAGUGUCAGGCAAAAAUUCAAAUCUGGAGAAUUCCAUCGUGAAGCAAUCAACCUCUGGUUGUGCUAUUCAGCAUCCUAGAUCAGAAGAAUGUAAAGCUGUAAGUAGUAACAACUGUGAGGAUGUCCUAAGAGAUGGCUUAAUUUGUCCAGCUAGUGUGGAACUAGGUAACAACUCAAAUGGAUCCAACAAAGUUGUCAAUCCUCAAAUUGGCAUGUCCAGUAACUGCAUCACAGAUAAAAAUUCAGAUCUCGAGAAUUCCACAAGAAUACAGUCAACUCCUGGUAUUCAGCAUCUGGCACUGGAAGAAUGUGAUGCUGUGAACAAUAAUGAUUAUGUGAACAUGUCAAACAAUGGUUUGACUUGUUCAGCUGAUGAGGGUUUAGGGGAAAACUCAAAAUGGUUUGCCAAAGAUGUCAAUCCUGAGACUGGUGUGCCCUGCGUCUGCAUAGAAGACAGUGUUCGAGGAACACCUAAUGCAGCAUCAACAUCUCAGGAAGUUGUGGAUGGUGGUAAGGACCAAAUGAGCCCUCCCACAGGCGCAUGCAGGCCUCAAGAGGAGCAUCUGAAUGAAAUUAAUGUUUCUUCGAGCCCGCAAAAAGAGACAUCAGAAGCACCUUCUAUGGCUUUAGGACGGAAAAAAUCCAAGAAGACGGCAUCAGAUCGUAGAAAAAGCCUUCUAGGAGCUGGCACUGCAUGGAAAUCUGGGGUCAGAAGAAGCACCAGAAUCAAGUCCAGGCCUUUGGAAUACUGGAAGGGUGAACGCUUCUUGUAUGGACGUGUACACAACAGCUUGGUGACCGUCAUUGGGGUAAAAUAUUCUUCUCCAGUUGAUAACAGCAAGAAGCAAACAACCCUUAAAGUGAAAUCGUUUGUGUCAGAUGAAUAUUCCCAUCUGCUGGCUUUAGCAGGUUCACACUGAUACUUCUGUUUCUGAAAUUCUGUGGAACUAAAACCAUUCCAACGACUGUUGGGGUUGGUGCAAAGCUUCGUGCCACUGGUUUUCCAAAGGUGUUGGAUCUCUGUAAACGUAUGUGUUGUUUGAUUCCAAAACAAUUCCUUUUGAGUUGGCCUUCAAUGUGCUUGCACAUAUGCCCCAUAUUGUUAUUAUCCAAAGCCUUUUCACUUGAUUCCAGUGUUGAGGACUUCUGCUGAACAUAUGACUGUAGAUAAUGCCACAAGGUUGCACGAUAUGGAUAUAUUAUCAUAUUCUUUUCCA